GAUCAAGUGGUUGCGGUCAAUCAAUUUGUUCAAGGUGGAAUUCAAUUCAUAAACGAUAUACGCGACUUUAUAAAGGAACGUGCACAAAUAGAAAAAGAUUAUGCGCAUAAACUUGAAACGCUUGCAAAAAAGUACGCGUCUAGGAAAGAUAAAAAAUCAAUUGCUUUAUCAGUGGGUGAAAACGCACUUUCCUCAAAUCAAACAGAAACAGGCGCGUCUUUUGAAACCAGUACAAUUAUCAAAGCAUGGGGAUGUCUUCUCGAGGAAAUAGAAAACAUUGCAAAGGAUCGAUCGUCAUUUGCCGAGCUUCUCUCUACAACUGUUAUAGAGAAAAUUAAAGGAGUUAUAUCGAAAAAAGAAGAAUCCCGAAAGAAGCACAUGAUAUUCGCUCAAAAAUUAAUAUCCGACAGGGAUAAAAUAUACGCCGAAAAGCAAAAAGCUAAAACGCGAUAUGAUGAAAGCUGUAUAGAAGCUCAAAACUCUUUGCAGAAACAAGAGCGAGCACUCGAUGAGAAAACUCUGGAAAAAUUAAAGAAGCAAUCGCUUCAAGAUGAAGUAGAUAUGAGAAAUAAUAAGGCAAGUUUUGCAACAAACGAGCAUAAAAAAAAAUAUUACAACAUUGACGUUCCAGCUUUAAACGAU